UACAUGAACUAGGCGUUUAAACAUGGCAAGAUGUGAAAACUGGGUUUUUAAAUUAAUAUUUUUAAAUUUUUAAUUAGAAGCUUUAUGGUGAGUGUAUUUUUAAUUUACAUAUUUCGAUUUCAUUGACAUAGAAGAAGAUGGAACAUAAGGAAUGUGUAUACAAGAUGUGCAAAACAUCAAGUAAAAUUGUCCGAUUGGACGAAGAAUUUGUUUCGUGAACGAACGGUCGACACAAACCACGACUCGUUGGAAUUAAAAGAGAGAUUGUGAUUCGUUAAAUUCAAGUGGAGGCAAUGAACUGUAAGACAUCAACAGGUGAUAAUGAUUCGUUAGAAUCCAAAGGGAGACAAUUAUUCCUAAGAAGUCAAAGGGAGACAAUUAUUCAUAAGAAGUCAAAGGGAGACAAUUAUUCAUAAGAAGUCAACAGCAGAUAAUGAUUAGCUGGAUUACAAAAGUGAUCAUGACACUUCAACAUUUAAAGGAAGAUGAUGGCUCUUUUUAAUAAAAAAAACCUAAAUGACUCUUUAUAAUUCACAGGAAGAUAAUUACUAGUUGGAAUGUGAAGGGAUAUAAUGAUGAGUUGGACUUAAAGGGGAAAUAUUGACACAUUCGUUCUCAAAAGGGGCUAAUGGCUGUUUAGAAUUCAAAGGAAGACAAGGACUAUUACGAAUUCAAAGCGAGUUAAUGUAUGGCUGAUUCCGUUACCGACAAUAUCUAAGAUUCAAUAACAAUGCUUUAAGAGAUAUGAAUUACUAAUGUUUCGCCAAAAUUAACACCGCGGUAAGUUUCAUUAUUUCAUGGAAGAAAACUUUGAUAAGGAGGUCGUUUAGCGUUUUCUUCUGUAUCAAAGCAUAUCAACAGUACUUUAACAAUGGACCUCGGAAUAGAAACCUACUUUGAGGCCCAGUUCGUCGGCCGGAAAGAUGAACUUCGCGAUUUGCAAGCUGCCUGGAACAAAAAACAAAGAAUGUUCGGAAUUUUCGGGAUGCGAUCUGUUGGUACAUCAAGGCUAGCGAAGGAGUUUUUGGCUAGUGUCUCGGGCCAAUAUGAUGAACUAGUCUACGUUAACUUGAAGGAGACCAGCGACCUAGUCGCAAUGUACGUCAAUAUAUGCGCCCAAUUGACUGUUUCUGUUCAAUCUCAUCCAAACGAUGUCAAGUCGUGGGAAAGCAUGCUUUUUGUGCUGUUUCCACUAGACAAACUCAAUACGUAUUCUUUUUUGACAAUGGCGAAUACUUUAUUGACAAUGAAGCCGAAACUCGCGAACCUCUACACAAGCUGUGUGUUGCCCUUUUGAAACAGAACAAUAUAAAAGUUAUUUUGACUUCUACAACGAAGUUUGAGCUUGAAAGUUUGCGGCGUAUCUAUUACGUGUGUGAGCUACAACCGCUCAAGCCAACAGAUACAUCGGAAUUACUAAGAGCCGAAUCGCCCGGUGUGGACUACGGCGAAUACUUGUACCGUAUUGUAGAACUUAGUGAAGGGUUGCCGCUUCUGAUUCUCAUGAUAACGUCCGAGCUUCGAGACGACGGAGGCAUGUUGACGCCGAAGGACAUGGCGAAUCUGCUAGCGGAAUACAGACUGAAGGUCCUUAGUCGAGAGUUUUAUCCGGGGAAAGACAGAGUUGCUGACGUGUAUCGGCUAUUCAUCAAUCGCCUGAGCCCCGUGCUGCAGAGACGGUUCUUAGUCUUGGAUUAUAUACCAGGCUCAUUUACUGCAGAAGAGGCCAGAUCGCUACUUGAUUAUUCGACGGUAGCGUUGGUGAAGGACCAAGUGCUGGUCCCUAAACUUAGGCGUCACUUCAUUACCUAUGAUCCCUCGAAUAGGCGCUUUAACAUACAAGGAAUCUUGCGGGAGUGUCUCAAAACGUAUUUCGCUUUGCGGCACAUUCCAGAAAUCCGCAAGCGUUUCUGCCAAACAUUCACCGAGGUAAUGACGAGCAUAUCUCGACGUUAUACGUCACAGGAGUAUGCGAACGCCCUGGCGGACUUUGCUUUUGAGCAGCCGAACCUGCAGAAGCUGUUGCUGGAGAUACAAUACACUACACAGGACACUUACACGUUCUUUAUUCAGAUGGCUACUGAGUCCACGGAGUUUAUUGAGCAAUAUCUCACAGGAAACUCGGAGGAUUUUUACAGUCAAUGUCAUCGUGCAGCAGACCGAUACGGUAAAGAAACGGACAAAGCUGUAGUAGAUAUUGCCGUGGGAAGCCUGUACACAUAUGUCAAGGCAAAAUUCACAGAGGGCUACACCAAAUACAGCGCAGCGCUAUGCAUAUUAAAAGGCGCUGGAAAGUCGCUACAGCUGGCAACUGUGCAUCAGCGCAUCGGAUCCAACCUUUUUUUCAGGAUCAAAACAAAGAAGCUAUCACAAGUCGCUGGCCAUUUCGCUGGUAUCCGGGAAGCCUUUCGAAUACAUAGCUCUUCAGGCGUUAAGCAGUAUGGGAUGUACGCUUACCAAGUUAGGACGAUUCAAAGAUGCUGAGAAAUACCAUUUUGAUUGCCUCAAACGUCGACGGAAAAUUCAAAGCAAAAAUCACCCGGAUGUCGGAACGACCUUGAACAACAUGGGACUCAUGUAUGACCAGAAGGGCGACGGUAGGUUGGCAUUGAAAUACUUUCAAGAAGGCCUUGAAAUACAGACCAAAUCCAAGGCUCCAUAUCUUUCUCGCGUUGCUUUGUUGACGAAUGUUGCAAACGCAUGCGUGGACGUUGGCAAGUUAGAUGUGGCAUUAAAUGCUUUAGACGAAGCAGAAGAAAUUUUAACAAAGCAACGGUUUCCGCAGCUCUACCUUACUGCGUAUUUGAAUGACACGAGGGGAAAGUUGUAUUUCCAACAGGGUAAUAUGGACAAAGCAGGUGAAAUGUUCGAGAAAGCGGCAAUGGGACGCGAGGACGUGGCGUCUGGAAAAACCAAAAACGUGGAAAGCUUGGUUCACUUGAUGAAAGUGGCCGUUAAAAAAGGGGACACUUCUCAAUGUAUUAAAACUGGGAAAAGUGUGCUUUCCUAUAGUGAUGAUCUCAUAAAGCAGCGUCCGCAAAACAACGUUUUGACUGAGUGUUACAAUUGCCUCGCAAAGGUGUACGAGGCAAUGGGCGACCAUGCAAAGGUCAGGGAUACGUUGACAAAGAUCAAGACGGAACUGUUAAGGCUGGAACACCUGUACACGUGCGAUUGCAAUGAAGGCCAGGUGGUUAAAAUACGGAAACAGCUGACGGACAUUGAGUGCAAGCAGAAGGCGAUGCCUCACACCCUCGACAAGGUUACAAACACAAAGACAGUGAUUUAAAUGAUUUGACUUUUAAAGAUCAUGCAAUAAAAAUUUAAGUACCGUAGUUAGAUGUUAUAGUAACGGUGAUGCAUAAUAAACGAAGCAAAACCAAUAAUGCUUUGACUCUAAAGAGAAAGCGGCAUGAGGACGCGAGGACGUGGCGUCUGGAAAAACCACCCACGUGGAAAGCUUGGUUCACUCGAUGAAAGUGGCCGUUAAAAAGGGGGACAAUGCUAAAUGUAUUAACACUAGAAAAACUGUGCUUUCCUUCAGUGAUGAUGUUAUAAAGCAGCGUCCGAAAAGUCACUUUUUGACUGAGUGUUACGAUUGCCUCGCAAAGGUAUAUAAGACAAUGGGCGACGACGAAAAGGUCAGGGUUACGUUGACCAAGAUCAAGACGGAACUGUUAAGGCUGGAAUAUCUUUACACACGUGAUUGCAAUGAAGGUCAGGCGGUUAAAAUAAGGCAACAGCUUGCGGACAUUGAGUGCAAGCUGAAGGCGAUGUCUCACACCCUCGACGAUUUCACAAACCUCAAGACAGUGUGAUCUCAUUAGAACUAUUCAAUGACCAGUUGCGUUGUGAGAUUAUCAAAUGAAUGAUGCUAAAAAUUUGCACAUUGUAACAUGAUCCAAUUGAUUUCUUCCAAUCGUGCAGGAACAUACAAACAAGUACGAACUGUAAAGCGAACAAUCAGGGCCAUCUUUACAGUAUAUAGGUCUUACUGAGUAUAAUUUACGCACCUUUUACACAACUUUUAUUUUCAAAGUGUUACAGUUUUCCCCAAACGACAUUGUACAUGUUUUUUUUAUUUUUAAAUAUAUUUAGGGUGCAUAAUGAACGAAACAAAACCGUAAUAAGUUCGCUCUGAAAGUACUAGAACUUACUGCAUCGAAUGCUUUUUACUACUAAGCUAUGAAUUGUGUACUUAAAUGAAUGAAACGAUGCAACAAUUUGUUAAAGUAUUUACUAUGAUUUGAGAUAACGUGUUGAGUAUAUUGAAUGUUCAACGUUUCUUUUUUUACCGUAACAAUAUUAUGUACUUGAUGUUGUAUUUAUAUUUAUUCGCACUAUUAAACUUGUAAUUCUA